GUGUGGAGUGUGUGCUACAAUGUCAAUGGAACUAAGAUAGCUUCAGUCUCAGACGAUAAAGCACUGUAUGUGUAUGGCUGUCCUCAUGAAUAAACCGUCACGUUGUAUUGAGAAUAAUGGGUGAAAAAGCAUAGGAUCACCAAAAAACUGGGAUCCAGAAAUGCUGACAGUGCAGAAAGUGAAAUAAAGUGAUCAUUACCUAAAUUUCACUAUAUUGUCAGAGAGCUAGCUAGAGAUGGACAUUCCAGACCCGAAGAGUGGUGUGCUUUCUGGAUUACUGGAUUACCUUACCUCCAAGUUGGAAGUGAGAGACGUCUCCCUAACGGAAGAAUUGCCUGCCUCUGUGUCACAGAUGCUAGCCUGGGAAGAAACUAAUGGUUGUAGUUUACCUAGUGACCUGAAAGAGUUCUAUCGGACUAACAAUGGACUAACACUCACUUGGAAGUACCUGUACAAUGACCUUAAUGCAGAUGUGGUUCAUGAUAUUGGUCGAUUAAAUGUGAACAGUAUACAAGAACUUCAUUUGCUGGGAGGUCAAACUCAAACCGACAUUUUUUUCUCUCAAGAAGGGAGUCUCAUUUCAGCUAGACAACCCUCUCUCAAUGAUCUGGAUACUCCAUUAUCGUCAGAUAGAUGGAGCCCCAGUUUGAGUGGACGCUGCAAGACAUUCAUUUUAGACUAUUGUCCAUCAUGUGGACAUGUGUGUCUGGUCUAUAAUUUGGAGAAUGACGCAGAUUGUAGGUACUGGUUGUUGGACCUCUCCCUGUGUUGGCAUCCUCUCUCAACCACCUUUUCUGACUACCUGCGUUUGGCCGUUGUCCACCUUGCACUGGUGCAGUGGCCUUAUGCACUCACCAUCCUCGGACUAAGCCCUCAGUGGGAGCGUUGGUUCCGAAUGUUCAUUCCCAAGCGUCUCGAGAUUGACUUGGAACUGUCUGCUCUGCAGACCAACAGUACCAGUAUCGCUCACACUACAUUGGACACGUCAAAGAUUGUUAUUGUGAAACCCUCUAAAGAAAAGAAGUCAAAAGUGGAGAUCAGGCCCACACAGGGAGUGCAAGGACAUAAUAACUGAACAUACAUGUAAUUCGAUCUAUUAAUAAUUGUAUAAAUUGCUGCACAUACUGGUAAUAUAAAUAUCCAACAAAUCAGAACGACCAGAUAGUUUACUGUC